CCUUUGAGUCUCAAAAUUUGAGAGCAUCUCUACACGCGCAACACCAGCAGCAGUGUGAGCGAAGAGGGCACAGCACGUCUCCGGCUCACUCAAGAGGACUCCGCGUUUUCAAUAGAGCACAAUCCGCGCAGCCAAGGAAACACACCAAAACUUUGCCCCCCAAAUCCCCGGACCCUGAAGGUGGGGUAAACACGCAGAGAAGAAGAAGAACAGCAAACAAAAGCAGUCUUUUUGGCUUUAAGAUUUAAAUUAAAAGAAAUAUCAGCUGCAAAAUAAUUUAGUUCUGAUACAAAUUCAAGAAGAUAAGCGGAACCGAUCGGCAUCUCCACAUUUAUCUACGGCUAUUAAACUCGGAGCAUUAAAUUUAAGGACUGAAAUGGCAAUCGCAUGGACAAUCAUUGUACUAGGUGCCCUCCUGCAUGGCACGCACUCUGAUCCUUCCAACACAGUGAAUUCCAGUACCCUAUCCAUGCAAACCACUCCAACCAUCACACAACCACAAUCCAAAAUAACUAUCUCAACCCAGCAACCAGCUUCUACCAUACCACCACAAUCCAAUACAACUAUCCCAACCCAGCAACCAGCUAAAACACCAUCCAAGCAACCUGCCAUUACCAGCACACCCUCGCAAUCCAGUCCUGCUGCUUCGACCCAAACUCUUGUCCAAACACUUUCCGUCGCACCACCAACAGUUUCAAAUACCACUGGACCAUCCUCUCAAGCUGCUGACUCAAGUACACCCCAAGCUCAACCCAGCCCAACUGACAUAUCUUCGACAAACGCUGCUCUUACAGUCUCAACUCACAAUCCUGUAAAUUCACUUACUACUCCUAUUCCCCAAGGAAUGUCCAGUUCAGGUGUAACCUCAGCUGCCUUACCACAGCCUGACCAGAUUACAACAUUAAGAGACCAAUUAACAACAACUGUUCCAACCACAACAGAGAACCUCAUAACCCAUAGCAACUCAUUGCCUCCUACAGAAUCCUCUACACAGACUACAACCAGCACACAUACCAACACUGUGCCACCAAGUUCCUUCUCAGAUGCUGAAACACUGAACCCAACAGCACCAGAUUCCACAUCUGCCAUCUCUCAGAAACAUCAGACACCGGAAAUUCCAACAACCGCUUAUCCAAUCACAUUAGGACCUGACAAUUACUCCACGACUAGCAUCUCUACUCCCAAAAUAGAGGAUAGGACUACAAGAAUAUCUGCUCCUCGCAAAUUUGAUCUGAGUAAUGCAACUGAGGGGGAUAUCCUGUUUGAAGCCUGUAAAGACUUGGCUCCGAAGAUGAAAGGACAGUGCUCUGUGACCUUUAAGAUAGAUGGCAAACAAUUAAUUGCAACAUUUACAAUAGACGCUGACCGACUGAUACCACAAGAACUCUACAAUCCCCCAGAACAGGAUAAGAUUAUAAAUGAAGAGAAUACAAGCACAGAGACAAUACCAGAUACACUGAUAGCCAUCUUGGCUUCGUGUGGUGCAUUGUUGCUUAUUCUGUGCUGCUUUGCUGCAUACUGCACCUAUCACCGGAGAUCCUACAGGAAAAAUCAGCAACAUCUGACGGAAGAGAUGCAGACGGUGGAGAACGGUUACCAUGACAAUCCCACGCUGGAGGUGAUGGAGGUACAGCCGGAGAUGCAAGAGAAGAAACUGGCAUUGAAUGGAGAAUUCAACGACAGCUGGAUCGUCCCCAUAGAUAACCUGCUGAAAGAGGACAUACCUGAUGAAGAAGACACACACUUGUAAUGGCACUGGAUAAGCUGUCAGGUGUAUGAUACGUGCUGUUCUCACAACGAAAGAUUGUGACCAGCCAGAAUGUAAGAGAGCACAGAUUGCUGUAAAGACUAUCAAAAGACCAUAGUUUACUUUGGUGCCCAGAUGUACAUGCUGUAAUUAAGUAGUUAAAUAUCAUAUACUUGCUAGCGAUAGUGAAAAGCUUAAUGGUAUGUAAAAUGCUUCCAAUUUGUCUGAGGAAAAGGGAAAAUCUAGAGUUCAAAACAUGGGAUCAAAGCACUGUGGUCUUUCCUCGUGCCUUAAACUGUCUAUGUGUUUUUAUUUCAACACACUCAGAUCAUAUCCUAAACCUAGUGAACUACCUUGCUGUCUUCUGCCUAUUUAGGCAGCUACCUUUUAAGAAAACAUCCUCACUGCAGUGCACCUCACAAGUGACUGCUGAUUUCAAUAGAAUUUGGUGUUAGCAUGUUACUAAACUGGCAAUGCAAUAGUCUAACAAAAAUAAAAUAUAGAUAUCAUGAACAACUAUUGGGUAAAAUACUCAAUUACUAAUUAAAUUAAAUUUCUUUUACUGAUACUUUUUUAGUAUUGAAUAAAAUCAACAUAUAUUUCGAAUUUAUUUGAUACAUGAUGUAGCCUUAGAAUUUGUCCAAAAUGAGAUAUCUUCGAAGGCAGCAUUAUUUUAUUGAUAGGCAGCUCACUGGGUUUGAGUACAGAGAUAUUUUAUUUUGGUUUCACACACAAAGACAAAAAAUAAAUAAAUAAAUUUCACUCUUUAUAAAGGGAUAAUUUAAGGAUUAUUUGUGAUGUACAUCUUGAGAGGAAUGUACAUUAUUGUGGCUGUAUAUAAUGUUUAUUUUUCAUGCAUCUUACUCAAUUUGUUUGCUUCCUGUUUAGGGAAGAUUAACAUUCAUAGUCAACAAAUUAUACUGACCAAUGGAUAAAUCAUCCUGGUAAAUAAGACUAUGGGCCAUUUUUAAGCAUGAGCAUAAUAAAAAUGGCCUCAUGAAUACAUCUAACAAAUCUAUACAUCCCUUCUCAGUACUCUGACAUUCUAAACGCUUUAAUUCGAUUAACAUAUUCAAUGGCACCUUAAAGAGAUAGUUAACCCAAAAAUGAAAAUUCUCUCAUUUACUCACUCAUGCCAUCCCAGAUGUGUAGCCAAAAAUAACAAAGACCACAUAAAAGUAAUCCAUAAGACUCCAGUGGUUAAACUGGAAAGAUAAACCAUAUCUUUCACUUUUAAUAUUUCAGACUGAAAGUAAAGAUUUAUGGUAAAAAAAUAAAUAAAAUUAAAAUAAGGACUAAAAUAUGGGUCUGUUUCUCACUCACAAUUAUCAUACCACUUCUGGAGACAUGGAUUUAACCACUGGAGUUGUAUGGAUUGCUUUUAUGUGAUUUUUGGAGCUUCAAAAGGUCUGGACCCCCUUCACUUGCAUUGUAUGGACCAACAGAGCUGAGAUCUUUGUGUUCUGCAGAAGAAAGAAAGUCAAACACCUCUGGGAUGGCAUGAGGGUGAGUAAAUGAUGAGAGAAUUUUACAUUUUGGGUGAACUAUCCCUUUAAAGUAGAAGUCCUGAGGCAAGACUGAGUUUGCCGAAUCAUUAUUUUCCCUCCACUCCAUUUGUCUUUGUGUUGGUAUUAUUCUAGUAUGAAGAGUUGCGUUUUUUUGUUAACCUGAAACAUUCGGUGGUAAUUCCAAUUCCAACUCAAGUUCAUUACGUGUAUUUACAGGUAUUAAAUCUGCAUGUGUAAUUGUCUGUCUUUAAUCUGAUUUUUUUUUUGUUUUUUUAUACUUUGAUCACCUUAUUGUUUAGAGAUGUUUUAUUUAAUACUUUCGAUGUUGAUUUCACCAAAACAUUAAAUUACUUUUGUAUUUGCAUGCACUACACCAAUUUUUGUUAAGGGAUUCACUGCUGCCUUCUUUUAGUUGAUCUAUUUCCACCAGUAUUUAGGGUGAAUUUAUAGCUGUAUCCUGUAUGUCAAGUCAGUUUGCUGCUGUGUGCAAACGACAGGGGUCUGAUACACUGGAAGCCGCAUCUCUGUCAGAUCAGACGGGAACGGCCAUGAUUUCUAAUACAAAUAAAGUUUUUUAUAAUAAAGUGUGUUUUCAUGCAAACUGCACUUUAGUUGACAUGACAUAUCAAGCAGUGUGACAUGCUAUAAAUGCUAUAAA